CUUACAUCGUUAAAUAAGCCACAAAUUAAAAAUGGCGGCCAAGGGACGUCGAGCAAGGGUCGCCCCGGCGGAGGAUCCGAAGCUCCUGUCGGAGAUCCGGAACCUGGAGUCGACCCUGUCAGCCUCCAUCCACGACAAGAUCCCGAUCUUCAUCCCCCACAGGUUCGUCCCCUCCAAAUUCGUCGAAGGGAUCGCCCUCCCGAUCAACCAGAAGAUCGCCUCCAACCUCGAGAAGGGCGCCUCCAGGAUGCGGCCGGUCCUGACGAUGGGGAACCUCAGGCGGAGCAGCGUCGUCCUGGGUUGCUGCAACCUGGCGCUGGCUCUCGCCGGCGGGCUGAUGGCGGGGAGGUUGGUUUUCGAGGGCUGUCGCGGCGGGGUCGUGGUUCCGGUGCUGUUGGUGUCGCUGGCGGCGGUCGCCAAGAUGGUUGGGAUGGUUUGGGUUGGGCUGGCUCAGGAUGCGACGGCGAGGAGUAUUGUGGAUUCGCCGCCGGAGGAGGAUGCCGAUCUUCAGGCCUCCGUUGUUCGUCUUCGGAGACGGGUCAGCUACACAACGUGGCUGUGGUGGAGCCGUUUGGCCAUUGCAAUUACCAUAUUGCAACUCGGGAGUGCACUUUUCCUUCUCUUCAACGUGAUGGAAUACAUUACCCAUCACCAACCAACUAGUCAAUGUGGUUUAGGGAUAGGGAGCACCACGUGGCAACAGAAGCUACUGAUUUCGUUCAUCGUCAUGGCGUCGUGUGUCCCCAUGGCCCAAUGCUUUGCGGGCCCGGACGUCCUGAGGUGGAGGGCCUUUUACGAGGCCCAAGAUGAGGUGUGGGAGGCCCACUACAAGGAGGUGUUCGAUUACGGUAUACGAGAGGCCUUGUGCUGUCUGGGCCGUUUCAAAUACUUG